AUGCGUUUGACAACUCAGCUGGCAGCUGUGCUGCCGCACCUUGUCGUACUUUCUUAUUCCCAACAGAUUGGAAACCUCGUCCCAGAGGUGCAUCCGAAGCUCACAACCCAAGUAUGCACCAGAGCGGGCGGUUGCGUAUCGCGCCAGACGUCUCUGGUGACAGACGCCCUCUCACGCUUUUUCCACGCUGUGGGGGAGCCCUCGGUCUCGUGUAACCCAGUGAACGCAACGCUCUGCCCCGACGCUGCAACAUGCACACGUAGCUGCGCGCUGGAGGGUGUCGAGUAUGGCAGCAUUGGCGUUCUGACGAAAGGGUCUGCCCUGACCAUGCGUCAAUUCCUCCCGAAUGGUCAGGGCUUGCAAGCCGUCAGCCCCAGAGUAUCGCUUCUGGCCGAAGACGACGAGAAUUACGAGCUGCUGAAGCUGGUCAACCAGGAAUUCAGCUUCGAUGUUGACGUGAGUCAACUGGGAUGCGGCAUGAAUGGCGCCUUGUAUCUGUCCGAGAUGGAAGCGUCCGGUGCGAGGAGCGAUUCGAAUCCUGCGGGCGCUGCGUAUGGAACGGGGUACUGUGAUGCACAAUGCUUCAAUACCACUUGGAUCAACGGAAUGCCCAACCUCAACAGCUCCGGCGCAUGUUGUAACGAGAUGGAUAUCUGGGAAGCCAACUCGUUGGCCACCGCAACAACGCCUCAUCCAUGUAACGAAGCUGGCUCCUUCACCUGUGAGGGUGCCGCUUGCGGACGUACCAACGCUGGUGCUUGCGAUAAGGACGGAUGUGGCUUGAACCCGUUUGGCGCAGGAGUCAAGAACUUCUAUGGGCCAGGAAUGACCGUGGAUACCAGGAGCCCAUUUACCGUGGUGACACAGUUUCUGACCUCCGACAACUCCUCGGCCGGCACUCUGAGCGAGAUCCGGCGAAUGUACAUCCAGAACGGCACCGUCGUUCAACAAAGUCCGGCGACGCAGGGCCCGCAAUUGGAAGCAAUCAGUACGAUUGAUCAGAACUUCUGCUCGGCGAAGAACGCGUCCAGCUUCGAGCGGCUGGGCGGUCUUGAGACCAUGGGUGCAUCACUUCAGCGUGGAAUGGUGCUCUUAUUUAGCAUCUGGACAUCGCAGGGCGACUUCAUGAACUGGCUGGACUCGGGGAGUGCCGGGCCUUGUUCAAACAUCUCAGGUAAUCCCGAGACUAUAAUGGCAGAAAACCCCGAUGCUUCAGUUACUUUUUCAAACAUCAGGUGGGGCGAAAUCGGGUCGACAUUCAACACGUCAACCACCAUAGGGUCCGGUGCUGCAGUGCUUGAUGCCCAGGCGAGUGCUCUAGAGGCCGGGAGGGUGACCAGCAAUGCGGUAGUGAGGUUACCCUUAGCUCAUGGCUUGUUGGUGGCUAUAGCUACCACUUUUAUGAAAUUGUUACUCUAG